AACAGUCAGCACAUUUCUGAGUGGGUUUGAUCGUGCCCCUGAAUAAAAAUAGAUAACUUCUCUAUUCUGUAGAAUUCCUUGUAUAUAACAAGGGGCGAAUUAUGACUGCAUGCCGUAUUUAUAUAUUAGAGGUGCACUGCUGAGCAUUCAAACACUCCUUUCUCGUGGGAGAAGACAGAAGGAACAGUCCAGCUGCUUGUUCUGAGACUCUGCACCAAGGGGAGCAAGAGCCCUUCACUGAAAUCCUGCCACCAUGCUGGGGCUGCUGCUGCUGCAGGUGAUGGCCAGCUGCCUCUGGCUGGGACACAGCGAGGUGGUGAACUCCUUUGACAGCUGUCCUCAGUUCUUCUAUUCGGGGACGUUUCCAAAUGAUGCCCUGAAUCCAAAUAACCCAGCCCGGAUCUGUCAGCGCUUCAGGAACUCGUAUCACUAUGCCACCCUGUACGACAGAGACAGGAGAAUUCCAGUGUACUCUGCUUACAAAUACCAGCCUGUAGAAGAGAAGAGACCUCGAGGAUGGUGGUUUGUUGAGCCUCAGCUCACAGGUAAAUGUAAUCUUAAUGAUAUGGAAACAGAGUCAUACGUCAUGAAAAAAUGCAAAAUCUCCCCAGACGAUAUCAAGGAGAGCCAGGCUGUAGAUGAUGACUACAGAGGACUGAAGGUUUUGGUCCGUGGCCAUUUGUGUCCCACUGGGCAUAUGCAUAACGAUGUGAGUAAAAUGGCUACCUUCUCCCUUACCAACAUGGUGCCCCAGAACAGCACUCUCAACGAUGGCCAGUGGAGGGUCUAUGAGGAUAAAACAAUGAAGAAAAACACCGAGGACUGUACAACCACCUACGUGAUCACGGGUGCUGUGCCUGGGAACACCUACGUAUCUGACAACAGGGUGAACAGACCCAGCCACAUCUGGUCAGCUGCCUGCUGCCUGAGGGGUGAUAAGCCAAAAGACGCUUGGGGGGCCAUUGCUGAGAAUGACAAGAAUGAGGUGGAGGAGCUCAGCCUGGGGGAGCUGGAGGAGAGGUUGACUGAGCUCUAUGGUGGAACGGUUACUCUGUUCAACAAUGUCUGUCCCCGGUAAAAAGCCUCGCAUAAUCAUUAGAAU